UUCAAACAAACUACUUACCUACACGCACGUAAGCCGAUUCAGUCUCUGGACAUCCAUAUCGGAGUGCGAACGUAAGAAAAUGACAGUUCUUCCGAAUAUCGAUCCGAGUCCCUGUCGCAAAAAAAUCAAGAAGACUCUAAGAAAAACGUGUUCAGUGAAAACCUUGAAGAGACGUCUACCGAUACUCAGCUGGCUACCGAAGUACAAACCUGGAUACUUCCCACAAGACUUCAUAGCUGGCAUAACCGUGGGAUUGACAGCCAUACCGCAAGGCAUAGCGUAUGCGGUGGUGGCAGGACUGCCUCCAGAACACGGACUGUACGCAUCUUUGACUUCAGGUGUCAUUUACGUUUUCUUUGGAAGCUGUUAUAAUGUGACCGUUGGACCAACAGCUAUCUUGGCAGCGAUGACGGCAAAAUAUGUUUCGAACUAUUCAGCUGAUUUUGCCAUUUUAGUUGCUUUCAUUUCUGGAUUAGUAAUAUUAGGCAUGGGUAUACUGCAGCUCGGUUUUUUGGUUGAAUUUAUUUCGAUGCCCGUUAUAAGCGGCUUCACGACAGCUGCAGCAUUACAGAUCGCUGCGUCGCAAUUAAAAUCGUUCGUCGGUCUAAGCGGACCGUCAGGAAAUUAUUUCGCAGAGUCAAUAGAAAAUUUAAUCGUUAAUUUCAAGACAAUGAAACUAUAUGAACCGAUCCUAGGACUAGCUACAAUCAUUAUGCUGAUGCUACUGAAAAAACUCGGUGAAGGUUGCAAGAGAACUGAUGGUUUCAUAAAACAGGUACGAUGGUUCAUUUCGCUCUCCAGAAACGCUGUGGUUAUAGUCGUAGGAAUGACUGUAGCAUUCAUUUUGAAAAUCACGCUUGAGCAUGAGCCGUUGAUAUUAAUUGGUGACAUUGGAGGUGGACUGCCAGAGUUCAGCUGGCCGCCAUUUUCGACAGUCGUCGGCAACCAAACUUACAGCUUCGGAGACAUGAUGAACGUAAUGGGCACCGGAUUUGUGGUGCUACCUUUAGUUGCUAUAAUCGAAUCUGUGGCGAUAGCUAAAGCUUUCGCAGGUGGUGCUACAGUGGAUGCCACACAAGAAAUGAUCGCCCUUGGCUUGUGCAAUAUAAUCGGUUCUUUUGGUCAAAGUAUGCCAAUCACCGGAUCAUUUACCAGAACAGCCCUAAAUCAUAUGUCCGGUGUUGUCACCCCACUGGGAGGAGUUACCAAAGUUAUUUUAUUAAUCAUUGCCCUCACCUCGUUGACUUCUACGUUUUAUUACAUUCCAAAAGCUUCAUUAUCUGGUUUGAUCAUAUCGGCCAUGUUUUCCAUGAUUGAUUAUAAAAUAGUGCAAAAAUUGUGGAGGAACAGCAAAAAAGAGUUGGCUAUUCUUAUUGUGACUGGAAUGGUUUGUUUAUUAUACGGUUUGGAAUACGGUAUAAUAGCUGGAAUCGUUAUUGAAGCAGCCUUGUUACUGCAUAGAGUGUCAAGGCCUAAAUUGAGUGCUAAUUUCGUGAAAUCCCAGAAAGGGGAUCUACUUAUUGUACCACUCACUGAAGACAUAUCGUACUGCGCCGCUGAGCAUAUUCGCAGAACAGUUAUCAAGGAAUCGCAGGAACUAUCCGAUACAGUAAUCGUAAUUGAUGGUACGAACCUCAAAAACAUGGAUUUCACAGCUGCCUCGAAUUUAGUGUUAGUUGUGAAGGAGUUAGACAAGAAAUCGCUCAGAGUGUUGAUGCUGAAUUUCAAUUUGAUAUUGAAGAAUCUGUGUGUUGAUAUUGACAGGAGUAUAGAAGAGAAAUUUGUUUACGGCACAAACGUUCUGGUAAUGCCGGAAGUAUUUUUAAAAGCCGUGUAAAGAACAAUCGUUUCUUGAAUUGAAGUUAAAAUAAAGUUUCAUUUUUCUAGGUCCCGAGUGAUUUCGAAUUUUGUGAUGAAUUUGUUAUCUCUGACCCGUACGAAAGAUUCUGUAAAAUCUGUAAAAUAUGAAUAUAAAGUGUAAACUUCAAAAAUUAAGAAUGAAAGAAAUGUCAUGAUCUGGAUUAUAAAUUAUUGUAUUUAAAA